GAGGAAGAGGAGCAGGAGGAGGGAGGAAGAGGCGGAGCGGCAGCGGGAAGCUGGAAGAGAGGAGGAGAGGCGGGAUCACGCGGCUCCAGCGCUCGCUGAACUCGCAGCCCCCCGGGACCAUCGCCCCCCAUCCCGCAGACAAGGAGCUGAGGAUGGAGCCCAGGGAGGACAAAUUCCCGCAGCAGAACCUGGUGGAAGAGGCCAUUUUGAGCAGCUCCCUGGUGCAGGAAUCCAACAGGGAGGAAAAACCCCAGAGAUGCCACAGGAGGAGGGGCGGCAAACGCAGCCCAGGGUGCUCUGAGGAGGAAAGACCCAUCCUGUGCUGGGAAGGCGGCCGGAUAUCGAGCCAGAGCUCAGACCUGGUGGUCCAUGAGCAGCUUCACACUGAGGAGAAGCCCUACAAGUGCCUGGAGUGUGGGAAGAGCUUCAGGACAAGCUCCAACCUGAUCCGCCACCAGAUGAUCCACACUGGGGAAUGGCCCUAUGAGUGUGGGGAAUGUGGGAAGGGCUUCAGAUGCAGCUCCCACCUGAUCCGCCACCAGAUGAUCCACACUGGGGAACGGCCCUAUGAGUGUGGGGAAUGUGGGAUGAGCUUCAGUGAGAGAGGCACCCUUGUUAUCCACCAAAGGAGCCACAGCGGGGAACGGCCCUAUGAGUGCCCUGAAUGUGGGAAGAGCUUCAGCCAGAGCUCGACCCUGAUUGUCCACCAGCGGAUCCACACUGGGGAGAUGCCCUAUGAGUGUUCUGAUUGUGGGAAGAGGUUUCCGAAGAGCUCUGGUCUCAUCGUACAUCAGCGGAUUCACACUGGGGAGAGGCCCUUCUGCUGUCCUGAGUGUGGGAAGAGGUUUCGGAGCAGCUCCAAUCUCCUCAUACAUCAGCGGAUUCACACAGAGGAGAGGCCCUUCCGCUGCUCCGACUGUGGGAAGGGCUUCAAGCAAAAGUCCCACCUCGUCACCCACCGACGCAUCCACACCGGGGAGAGGCCCUACGAGUGUCCUGAGUGUGGGAAGAGCUUCUCAGACAGCUCUACCUUGACCCAACACCGACGGAGCCACCAGUAAGGGAAGCCCUGCGAGUGCCCUGAGUGUGGCAAGAGCUUCAUCCUCUACUCCAACUUCAUCCCCCAACAGAGGACCCACGUUUGGCAGAGCUCUGGUGACCCACAUUCCCUGUGAUCCAGUUUGGGAAGAGCCCUGGCUGGUGCUCUCCACGUCCUCCUGGAUCCCUGUAAGCACCUGGGUGAACGCAGGGGCUGGAACAUCCAUUGGGACUCUGAUCGAAAUCAGAAAUUCAUUGGGAAGAGCUGAUCUGUUGAGUUUAUGGCCUAAAAAUUCUCACCUGCUCUGUCCAGUUGUUUCUUCUGGUGGCAUCCAGCAAUCCUGGAUGAUCUUGGAGGUCUUUUUCAACCUAAAUAGUUUCCUCCUUCAUCCUGUCAAGACAACCAAAAUUGGGGUAGAAAUAAAGAAAUUCAACAAAGGUA